AUGGUCUCCUUGAACGCCGGCGGCACCACGCCAAAUUCGAAACGACAAAAGGAGAAGCUACGAGAGGCGACAGGCCCAUUCACCGACGAAGUCGUUCCCUCGGUCUCGUCGUCUCGCGGCUCUAUCAGCCAGCUAGCCAGCAGGCCCUCUGUCCUCGACCGCGGCCCAUUUCCCCUUUGCCGCGGCGACUUUGGCCACAACAAUAUCAUCGUCGACGACACCGACCAUAUCAUCGGCGUCACCGACCGGGAGACUGCCUUCGCGGGGCCCUGGGAGAUAUUUGCAGAUUCUCCCCUUGACCCUAACCAAGACGGCUCUCCCAAGGCCGCCGACCUCGCCCAGAAACUCGCGGACCAGGAGGAUUGUGUGGAAGAUGUAGCAGCGGGGGAGAAUCGAGGCGGGGGAGGCCAACCAUCGCCUGUCAGAAAUGCUGAGGGACUCAAAGAGGCGGCAGUUGGCAACUGA